CUUGUCCAACCGGCGUCCCCGCGCACAUUUAUAUUGUGCGACGUCGUUUGCUGCUUGUGUGCAUUAAGUUGGCCGAAAUCGUUUAAUAAUACGUGAAAUACAACAAAUGAAGCAUGGGUAAACUGACGAAAAUAUACAAAGCAACCAAUGGCACCAUUUGCUUUGCUGAGAAAAAAAGGAAUGUGGUGCGCCUCGUGAAAGAAUCUUUGACGCGCUUUGAAAUCACCGCCAUUGUUGGCGUCACACCAUAUAAUGCACCAACUGCCUCCGUACGACAGGUGGAAGCUGUAGUUGCAUUACCAAUCGAAGAGAGUGAAGUCGACAGCAGCGAUACUGACUACGAAUGCGCUCCGUUGCUGGGACGCAAAUCAUGCGCCUAUAACAAAAAAUACAUUUUCUAUCACAAGAUCCAGGCACAGCCCGACUCAUCAUCCGAUGAUGAACCAAAGCCUGGUACGUCAUUCGAAGAAGAGGCACAGUCUGUUUCGUCAGUCGAGAAACAGGCAGAGCCUGAUUCAUCACUCAAAAAAGAAGUGAAACGCCUGUCCGGUGAGGCUAACGUCCAGCUCGUGAAGUCCAAGCUGGAUGGCUUGAACGGAGAGGCCACUGCUUCUGCCACUUUGACAUACGACUACGAUAGUGAUGAAGACGUAGGAGAGCAGCAGGAAGAGAAAUGGGACUACCGUGGUCAGGCCAUCCCGAAGUGCUGUUUGACGGAUUUAGUGUACAUGGUGGAAAGACCUAGUAAUGCGGCGAUGCUGGACCAAAAACUACCUCGUUUCCCCAUGUGGCCCAUGGAAAACGCCGACCCCGAAUUUAGGUUUAAAAUACUUGUAACCAAUGUGUAUAGCCCAUUUCAUUUUUGGUUCCAAUUCGCAGAUAAUCAUUUCGCUUCCCAUCUGGAAAAUCUGCACUUGGCGCUCAAUGAUUUUUACAAUAGAGAACAUAUUAACAACUUGAGUGUCAACCAAUACCGGAUGCCAACUCCUCAAUUUUUCUUACGCCCUGGCUACAUUUGUGCAGCCCAAUCAAAUUGGGGUGGGUGGCAGCGGGUUCGCAUUGUUUCCACACCGCAGGAGAAUGCUUCGCAUGUUUCCGUCUUCUAUGUGGACUAUGGCCGCCUGGAGCAGACCUCGCGCAGCGAGCUGCGCUUUCUACCACAAAUUUACACCACAAUGCCGGCCAUGGCUAUUAGGGGAGCACUCACGCAUCUCCAUCCGCUGGCUUUUAAGUGGCCUGCCGACGUAACUGCAAAGUUCCGUGACUUAGUUACUUCUUGGGAGAGAUAUGGCCAAAUCAUUGAAGUGGACGACCUGGAGGGUAUCUACUUCAUCAAAAUUUACAAAAGAAAACUCUCGGACAAGUCAAUGCACAGCUUUAUGAUUCGGAAAAAACUCGCAGGCGAAAGCGAUCACUUUUGCAAGCAAAAUAUCCAGAAGCAUUGUGGCCGCCGCAUUCGCUACAUUUGCGAGCGUCUCCCCUCCUUUGAAAUGCUCGAAACUGGUGUGGUUGCUAUAGAUGGCAGCGAUGAAGAUUUCAAUGGACUCAUGUCUUUCACAUCGUAUUUCAGGAGAUUUGAGAUGCCCCCAAGCGACAAGCCACUUCGGCAGGACCUGGAAAAGGCGCUGCUAGACUGGAUUGUUGACUACAAAAAAAAGGAGAUGCCCAGGCGGAAACUGGAGAAGGAGGCCGCGCUCAAAGCCAAGGAGAAGAAUGAUCAGAAAUGGCUUGUCUAUAAAGAAAAACUGCAAAAGAAGCAGCUCCAACUACAGGCCAUAAAUUAA